CCUGGAUAGAGUGGUUGUGGGGAAGGAUGUUUCCUAUAGAGGGAGAGUCUGGUAUCCAGGGGAACAGCCUUAGAAGAAAGGAAAACUGAGAUGUCUCUCCCAAACCUUUCCUGCUCCUGAUCACCCAUCUUCAACUCUAUCUCCCCUCCUACCUCCUCCUCUCUCCCUCCACAAGCUGCCCCCUAUCAAUCCCUCUAUCCCCACUUUCAUUCUCCCCCUUACCCCACCCCCUGCCCUUUUCGAUCACACCACUCCUUCCUAUCUCACCCCUACCCACCUCUCAUCCCUCUCUCCAAACUACCCAUACCUUUCUACCAUUUCCCCUCCGUCUUCCUCCUCUCUACUCUCUCCCCUUCCCUACAUCUUAUGCCUCAUUCUCCCCAUUGUCUUUUCUCUCCAUUCCCUGUGCUUACUCACUCUACCUAUUUCCUUCCCUCCCACUCUCGUCUUUUGCAUUUCUUCCCUCUCUCUAUCUCUCUCCCACUCUGACCAUUGACAGUUCCAUUUCUACUCCCCCUUCAUCUCUCACCCAACCCUUCUUCUUUCUUUACACAUAAUUUCCAUCUUUCUCUGUGCAAACAUGAGGAAAUCUGCAGAUGCUGUAAAUUCAAACAACACACACAAAAUGCUGGUGGAACACAGCAGGCCAGGCAGCAUCUAUAAGGAGCAGCACUGUCGAUGUUUUGGGCCGAAACGUGCACAUUGCUUUCAGCCUCACCUCCCCUUUUUCUUUCCCCUCUUCCUCCCCUGCUUUCUGCUCUUAUUUUCUCCCCCCCGCUUCCCAUCCUGACUCAUCCUCACUUGCUGUCCUUUCCAUCCCCUACAUUCCCUCUCCCCAUUCUCUCUGCCUCUGUCUCCUCUCUGCCACUUCCACGUUCUCUCCACUCCCUGCCCCUCUCGCUCUCUCCUCCUCCCUUCCUAUCCCUCCCCCAUUUCAAUGUCUCUCCAUGUUCCCCUUCCUGUCUUCUCUCUCCUUCCUCCCUUCCCUGCACCCUUUUCCUCUCUCCCUCUUCCUCAUCUCACCCCUCCCUUCCCCCUCUCAUAUCACCCCUCCCCCUCUCAUUUCACCCCUCCCCCUCUCAUUUCACCCCUCCCCUCCCCCCUCUCAUUUCAUCCCCUCUUCCCCCCUUCUUUCAGUCUUUCCCUGGCUCUUCCUCCUUCCUUUUACCUUCCUACCCCUUUUCUCUUUCUAUCGCCCUCCCUCCCUUCCUCUUUUUUUUCUUUCUCUUUCCCCCUCCCUCCCUCUUUUCUCUCUUCCUAUUUCUCUCUCUCUCUCUCUCUCUCUCUCUCUCUCUCUCUCUCUCUCGCUCCCUCCCUCCCUCUCCAGCAAUCGAAACCACUGCCAGUUGGGAGGCCGUGUGCUGGGCGCCUCAUGGAAAAGAAGCCGCCUUUCAUCUGUGGCAUUGUGGAAGGUUUCUAUGGCAGACCAUGGUCCAUGGAACAACGGAUGGUGCUCUUUAAAUGGAUGCAGAAGUGGGGGCUAAACGUUUACAUGUAUGGCCCCAAGGACGACCUGAAGCACCGACUGUUAUGGAGGGAGACAUAUUCAGUGGAAGAGUCAGCCCAACUCAAAGCCUUGGUGUUGGGUGCACAGGACUGUGGAGUUGAGUUUGUGUAUGCAAUCUCACCAGGACAGGACAUCACCUUCUCCAGCUCAUGUGACCUGGCCUUGCUGAAGCAGAAACUGAGGCAGGUCAAGGGGUUUGGCUGCAUGGCCUUUGCCAUCCUGUUCGACGACAUCGACCAUACCAUGUGCCCCACCGACAAAGAGGCCUUCAGCUCAUUCGCCCAUGCUCAGAUCUCGGUGUCCAAUGAGAUCUACCAGUACUUGGGAGAGCCUCCGGUCUUCUUGUUCUGUCCUACUGAGUAUUGUGGUUCCUUGUGCUAUCCAAGUCUCAAGAUGUCCAACUAUCUGAAAAUCAUAGGAGACAACCUCCACCCUGGCAUUGGGGUCAUCUGGACAGGCAGCACAGUUAUCUCCAAGGAGAUCUCUGCUGAAUCGGUGUCGGAGGUUGAAGAAGUCAUUAAACGUCGACCGCUGAUCUGGGACAACCUUCAUGCCAACGACUACGCCCAGCGUCGGGUGUUCCUGGGACCGUACAAAGGACGCCCCUCCAGCCUGGUCUCCAAGCUGCAAGGCAUCUUGCUCAAUCCCAACUGUGAACUGGAGGCCAAUUACAUACCUAUCCACACGCUGGGCACCUGGUAUAAGUGCGGCCUGCGGGCAGAAGGCUCCAGUGAGUCGGAUACGGUUGAGAGGGCUGAGACUGGCCAGACAUACUGUCCCAAUGAAGCCCUGAAAUUGGCACUGGCAGACUGGGUGAAGGAAGUCAACAGGCCUUUGUUCCCAAGCAGACAGCUCCUAAAGGAAGGAAAGGAGGGAGAACUGGUGAUCCAACCUACUGACGAGGUUACUGUAAAUGGCGAGAGUGAACCAGGCACUGGGAAGCCGGAAGCAGUAAGCUCUGACCAACAGGGCACACCGAAGGCAUCGGUGAAGGCAGAAGCUCGCGAGGAUUUGGAGGCAGACAGUGGCAGCCACCACCCGGUGACGGACAUCGGCCGGAAGGUGGAGAGCAGUGGUGCUGGAGUGGGCGAGUCUGAGACCCAGAGCACACCGGAGGCUCCUGGGAAAACGGAGUUGGAAUUGGCAGGGACCAGCCAAUCGCCUGACAGACCCCUAGGGCCGGUGGAGCUCGGGAGCGGAACGACGGAGGUGGCUGACGGGAUCCAGGCCAUGAAUGGCUCUGGCCAGGUGAAGGGAGGGGGCUGCUGCUCGCCCAGCCUGAGCCUGGAUGACCUGCGGCUGAUGGUAGAUCUCUUUCACCUGCCGUACGAACACGGCGAGGAGGCGGCGCGAAGGCUGCGUGAAUUCCAGUGGCUCAAGGCCAACACCGACUACGUGAGUGCCAACACCAAGGUUGACAGCCUGAAGGUGGAGGAGUGGAGAACACGCGCGCAAACAUUCCAGCUCUGGUGUGAUGGAAUCGUCCAACUCUACCGGCAGUUCAUGAGAAGCUCCAACAGGGCGAUUGUCUAUGACCUUUACCCUUACCUCUGGGACAUCAGGAACACACUCCUCGUUGCCAAGGCCUUUGUGAUGUGGGUGGAUGGCCGUAUUGAGAAGAAUACCUUCUCCUUUAACUCUUGGAUGAACUGCUUCCAGUGGUGCCGUACCAACAGUACUCCUGUUGUCUUAGGAACAGAGGGGGAGACUUGGAUUUACAGAGGCGGGCUUGUGGGAGAGUUUCAGAUGAUGCUUCCGAUCACAGGCAGCAGUGAACUCUUUAACCAGCCCCCUCCGGUUUUCCCGACGUUGAAGGCGUACACCAUCAGGCCCUUUGACCAGAAGGACAAGAGGGUGUUGUACUCCAUGUGCCUGGAGAGCUACAUCUGCAAGAUGAAAGGGAAGGAUGAUACAAACUGCCACCCCGACCUGAUUGGAGACAGGUUCCUGGGUCACUUCUUGACAUUGUGCCCGGAUUACUGCUUUGUGCUGGAGGACGAGCAUGGAGUUUGCGGCUGCGUGUGCGGAGCCUUGGAAGUCAAGGCAUUCCUGAAAGGGACUGAGGCAGUGUGGCUUCCUGCCAUGCAGGAGAAAUACCCUAAACCUACAGCUCUCGAAAGCCUAACUCCGACUCAGGAGCUGAUGAUGUUUUUCUACAGGAAGACUCCCAGUUUCUCCGACUCCCUGCUCUAUCACUUCCCGUCCAUUAUCCAACUGGACCUCCACCCGAAGAUGUCAGAUCCCAGCGAGGCUCGGAAUUUAGUUAUCUGCGUAUUGUCUGCACUGAAAGCUAAUGGUUCCCAGGGUGUGUUCUGUGAACUGAAGGCCAGUGACAAGAAGGGCUUGGAGUUCCACCUCAGCUUGGGCUUCCUGGAGCUGCCAGGGGCAGAGGCUUCGACGCCACAGGGGGUGAUCCUCGGGAGGCUCCUGUAACCCCCCUCCCCGCCUGCUCCAAUGCUGACCGCGUUGUUGCGCCGGGCCCGCGGCAACUCCGCCGUUUAGCUUCAUUUGCACAUUAUCCCGUGGCGGCCAGGAGCCAGUGCCUGGUUAUUCCGGGUUCCACCGUAACACUUAACUAAAGUCGCCUUCCUCUUCGCCACUGGGAGCCGUUUGCUGUUAUAUGUAUGGAUUAGGCCCAUGGUCUGAAUGUGAGGUACCUGCUGUAUCUUGGGUGCACUAAACAGUGGCAGCUGCUAUACUUGUCCACCUGUUUGUUAGAUAGUGUGGGGCGUGGCCGACCUGCUGAGAUCUGAGGCCUCCUCUCUGCAUAAAAGAGGAGGAGGCAGAGACCAUGGUUCAGAAACCCGCCUCCUUUUCCUGCUGCGCUCUGCCGGGCAAUGUUGGAGCACUCGGGAUGGAAGGCCAAGGAGACAUGGACCAUUGUGUGAUGUCUGUACAUUAACCUGCUGUGUUCAGUGACAGUAAAACAUAAAUGCAAGAGAUUAUGCAGUUGCUAGAAAUCCACAGCAACACACACAACAUGCUGGAGGAACUCAGCAGCAAAGGCAGCAUCGUUGGAUGGGCAUAGAUAAUCCACAUUUAAGGCUGAGACCUUCCAACAGCUCUGGAAAGAACAGUGGAAAAAGCCAGAAUGAGAAGGUAGAGGGAGGGGAGGAGUACAAGUUGGCAGAUGAGAGGUGAGGGGGGAAUGAAGUGAAAAGCUCGGAGAUGAUAUAUGGAAAGGAUUGAAGAAGAGUGAAUCUGAUAGAAGAGGAGUGCGGACCAUGGGAGAAAUGAAAGGAAGAGGGUCACCAGAGGGAGCUGAUGGACAGGUGAGGAGAAGAGAAGGGGUGAGGAUGAACCAAAUGAGAAAUGGAAAAAGAGAGAAGGAGGGAGGGAGGAGAAAUACCCAGAAGUUAAAGAAGUUGAUGUUCAUGCCAUUACACUGGAGGCUUCCCUGAUGGAAUAUAUGUUCUCCCAGCUCCCAGCUUCUUACUUCAUCUCCCCUCUCCCACCCACCCACCUCUCCUCACCUGGUGCCACCUAUCACCUGUCCUCCUUCCGCUCUCCUUGCCCUCUUAUUCUGAUUUCCUCUCUACUCUCUCCAGCCCUGAUGAGGUUUCUCAGCCUAAAACAUUGACUGUUUAUUACUCUCCAUUAAUGCUGCCUGACCUGCUGAGUUACUCCAGCAUUUUGUGUGUGUUGUGUGGAUUGCCUCCAUGUUGAUUGUCCUUCAAAUAACUAAGCCUCCUCAGCCAGAGAUCAAAGGUAGACUGGAGACACGGGAGACUGCAGAUGCUGGAAUCUGGAGCAAUAAACAAUCUGCUGGAAGAUCACCUUACAUUCUGCCACCUAUUUAAUUCUCCAGUUUCAGGUAACUCCUCGCACCCCCAUGUCCUCUUCCACCUCCUCCUUAUCUUCCCAGUUCAUCAUACAUCUACUCCAGCUCCCCAUUGCCAUUUCUUUCCCCUCCUCCCCCACUCCAUCUUCCCAUCACCAACAUACUUGCCCCACUGAGUCCACUUACCCCUCUGUUCCCAUCUGCUCUACCCACCUCCCUUAGCUGGUUUGAUGCUCCACCUUCCUCUCCUAUCAGAUUUCAGCAUCUGUACCCUCUUUUGCCUCCACCUAUCAUCUCCCACCCUCUGUCUGUAUCACUACUCUCCCCCCCUCCAUCUGCCUAUCGCCUCUCUUCACAUGGAUCUAUCUACCACCUCCCAGACUCUGUCACUAUCUCCACUCUCCCCUCUUCCAUCUAAUAUUGCCUCUCUUCACCUGGAUCCACCUAUCACCUCCUACCCUCUGUCCAUAUCCCCACUCUCCCCCCUUCCAUCUAAUAUUGCCUCUCUUCACCUGGAUCCACCUAUCA